GUUUGAGAAGCAUUGAAGCGGACGUCUUCAAAUCACAACAACAUUCGCGCGACAGCAGCGCAGACGUCGCUACGACGUUUGACAGUCGUGUACUGUGCGAGAAUGUGGCGAGAGUGUGGUGUCCUUAUGUUGGUGUGUGUAUUUGGUGCUGGGAGUCUAAGUGGACGAGGUUUCUUCUGCCGUGACCCAGAGACAGGCAAGCUUCACGGCGUGAACACAACUUGGCCCUCAACAUCGUUCUGCGGUAACUACCACUGUAAACUUAAAAGGAAAAAUAUGACAGGAACUAACUAUGCACCGCUCAGAUUAUUAAAUGUUACAACUGUCAGUUUAGAAAACCAGAAUAUUAGUGUAAUAGAAUUAAAGAAGAAUGUUUCUGAGAAUGAAACUAGCACCAAAGAAAGCGUAAAAUUGAAUAAGAAACCUCAUUCUAAUAUUAUAAACGGUAUACUUUCACUACAAGCGAACAAAGAGAACAAAGUAGAAGAUACUCACGAUGAUAAAAACGUUUCUGAUAAAGACAGAUAUUUGUCAGAAAAGGAAAUAAGAAGUCUGACAGAAAUGUUACACACAGUUAAGAAAAGUGAUCUAGAUGCCAUAGUAGAAAUAUACAAUUUAGCGCAAGAUAUUUAUAAAGAAAUCGAUAAAACAAGCACAGAAAAAACACAGGAAGAAACAAAGAGUGAUAUGAAAAAUGUUGAAAAAGAAAAGAAUGAGUUGGAAAAUCCAGUGAAGCCGACUAAAGAUGUUUCGUAUUGGUAUGAACCUUUAGCUAGUAAUAAAAUGCGAGCAGCAGAGCCGGUGCACCCUGGAGCGCCAAGAAUCGGAACGAUAAGACAUGAUAUUUUUCCCGGAAUACCACCAGCCUUACCUGUCACUGCACAAAUAAUGCCUGCCGUAGCGGACGCAGCACCACAAACUGUACAGAAUCCUAUACAAACGACACCAACAUCAACGACACUAAUAGGUACUCUUACACGCAAAAAUGUGCGAACAAAUAUGGAAUCAUUUUUCGAAAAUGGCCCUCUAAGUUCAAAGGAUUUUGGUAAGCUGCCGUACUACUAUCACUUGUCGCAUUUUCAAAGAUCUUCUUCAUACAAACAUGAUCGAAACAAACCGAAGCCAGUCAGCAAAAAGACACACCAUCUGCCACAACCGACGCACAAAACUAUCACGUACAAGCCUUUGUUCUCUGGAGGGAAGUACCAGAAGGAGAUAAAGCCAUCAAUUCUACUGCCAUACCCAUUCUCGAACAUAAUCCAUUACAAUUGGUCGGUGCCACAAAUUCCACGCAAGAAUGUGUACCACAGAAGCCACGUAUACGAUCAAGUAGAAUCGCUGAACACAAAUCCAACCCUGAAUACUAAUCCAGUCAAGCAACUAGUAAACAGUAACGCUAUUCUCAUGAAUCCAGAUUUGGAGAACUUUCAAGAUUUACAAAUGAAGCCUUCUAUGUUGGUAAAGAAAAGUGUGGACUUUACAAAGAAAGAUGAAGUGAGGAUGCCUGACUGGCAAUCAGAUCCGCUGCCGCAGCAGAUUUUGGAAGAAGUGAGAGCUCACAUUCAGGAGAAACAGAAGAUGUUUCUCCAUCCCUUUCCUUUACGUAAGAAGGCGAAAUUGGAGAGAGUGGUGAUGAACUUGGAUGAGAUAAAGAGAACCAAGAGAUGGGCGACGCAGAAUGAGCCAGUUGAACAGAAGUCAGAUUUAGAACCAGAACUAUACGAAGUAUAUAUCGAAAGAACAACGUGUAAUUCUGACUACUCCGUCCCAGGCUUCUUUCGCUAUGGGAACCUGAGCCAGCCCUACCCAGAAUGCUGCCCACAAAGAAUACCCACAUGAUAAGCCAUAAAAUAAAUAUGCUAGAUAAUAAAAUUGUACAUAAUUAAUUAUUAUUAAUUCAAUAAUUUAAUUAUAAUUAUGUCAUAAAUUUAAAAUUAAUUUACGAAAUAAUAAUUUUAAUAUUUAUUGACUGUUACACUGUAUGAUUUAUUAUCUUAUUUUACUAAUGUUAUAAAUGUGAAUGUUUGUCAGUUUAUGUAUUUGUGUGUAUGUUUUUUAGUCAAUCACGUCAAAACGGCUGAAGGUAUCGGGAUGAAAUUUAGAACAUGGGUAGGUUAGGAUCUGGAAUAAAAUAUAGAAUGCUGGCAGAAGUUAGUUUUUUUUUUAAACAGUUCAAGA